CGCAGGCGUACAAUGUAGAAUUUUCGAGUAAUUUCCAGGCAGGCCCGUACGUACACAAAGUACCGCGCUAGACGGUGACAAACUUCCGGAUUUUGCUCGAGGAAGGCUGUUUUCUUCGCUAGGUCGAAGCUCAACAGGCAGAGAAGAUGUUUGGAGGUUCUAUGUUUGACGAUGACCCGUUCUUCGCUGGGGCGCGGGAACACAUGCGUGCAAUGGACCAGAUGUUCUCCGGAUUCGGCAUGGCGAGGGCCCCGUUCCACGAUCCGUUCCUGAGCAUCACGGACGGACGUGGUCACAGGGGCCAGCGGAACCAGGGACAUGGUGGGGAACUGGACAUGUACAGACACAGGAGACCUGGAGAUUCCCACCCUACACAUAUGAGCGUCCGUUUGGUUCCUGACCCCUUCUUCUUAAGGCCAUUUUCUAUGAUGGACCAGAUGAUGUCCAACAUGCACAGCAUGAUGGGAAACAUGCACAGGAACUUUCACAUGCAGCCUCAACAGUUAGCAGAGGUGCCUACUCUACAUCAACACAUGGCCCAGGGUGCCCAGAACGACCCCAACUGUUACUCCUACUCCUCCUCUAACUUCUACUCCUACUCCAACACUGGGAACGGUCCUCCCAAGGUGUACCAGGCCAGCUCCUCAACACGCAACGCACCUGGAGGGGUGAAAGAGACGAGACGAACGGUGAGAGACUCCGAGGCUGGUCUACAGAAAAUGGCAAUUGGCCAUCACCUCGGGGAGCGAGCCCACAUUGUGGAGAGAUCCCGGGACAGACAUGGAGAGGAGGAGAAACAGGAUUACAUCAAUCUGGACGAAUCUGACAAAGACUCCUUCAACCAAGAGUGGCAGCAGCGCGCUAACGUAGGCGCACGGUCGGUUGGUUACCAUGGAGACAGGGACCGUGCUGGGCGUCGUCACCGUGACAGACAGCAGUACAGACGAGGCCAGCAUGACGAGGAGGACCUCAUGCCUGUUGUCAGGGGACUCCCUGCCCCAGGUGAUGACAGAGUGCGACCCCAGCCUGCUGCAGCAGAGGCUCGCGCACCACAGGCAGAGUACCACCCACCGACCCCGCCCCGUCCCAAGGGACCAUCCGAUGGCGGGAGGAAGCGCGAUGCUCGUGCCAUGAACAACCCAGGACACACGGGCUACGAACAUCCGCAUAAGAAGUAAAACCUCUAGAAGACGGAUAUGUGUUAAGUCGAGUUAUCAUUGGUAAAAACUUUUCAGAAUUGUACAUGGAAACAGCCAUCAAGACUUCAACUUUUUUCUGUUCAUGAGUAUCAAUUUCACUACAAAUUUGAUCAAUAGAACAAAUUGAGGCUUCAACUUUGUACUGUGUAAACCUACAUUGACUUUGGUAGAAUGAUCAAAAUACUAUAACUGUACUUAUAAUAAUGAUGAUAAAUGUUGAAUUAGAAGCAUUGUUGGUGAAUGUACCACCAAUGUCAGCCACAAAAAAAAAAGAAACAGAAAAGUUUUGAGUCUUGAUUUUCUUGAAAAAAAACAACAACAAUUUAUUGUAUAUAUGUACUUGGGGUAUAUUUGCUUCUCAAAUUCCCUCCAGGUUUAAGUUAUUAUGAGAACAGAGAGGUGUUUUUUCUGUUGAUGUUCUAUGAUAAGCUAUGAUGUAACAUGACAGAGCAUGGUCUCUUCAAAGGACUCCAUUUGAACCAGAGGAGAAUUAUGAACCAUUGCCACUUUGUUAACAGAACGUUUGUGGUCCAUUUUUUAUGAAGUCUUGUACAUUAGUGUCGAUUUGUACCAAGUAUUCACAAUGUGAUUGGAUACAAAAUAUUGUAUGAACAGCAUCAGUAAAGAAAAGUACCUUUGGAAAAAAACAAAAGCACAGAAACCUUGUACAAGACUGCCUUGAGGUUUGUGCCUGUAUUAGAAUGUUUCAUGUAGUUCUUUCAGACUCUGACUGUGUUUUGAAACAGACACAUUAUGUUGCUGGACUCCACUGUGACAUCUACAAAAAAUGCCACCAUUGCCAAGUUUAUGUUGAAUUGUCCUAAAGUCCAAAGUAUUGCUCAACACAAAAUUUUGUUCUCAUAAUUUUGACUUCAAGUUGUUAACCUACAAUGGUGAUGUUAGAGGUAUAUUCUGUUCAUGUUACUGACUUAUUUAUGGUUCAGAUGUUCUGCAUAUAUGACUCUUCAGUUGAUGCAUGUAGUAAAGAUGAGAUAUGUUGUACCUGUUCUUUUGUGGUGUUUUAUCUAAAUACACAUAGUAAGAACAUGUAGUCAAUAUUUUCUGUAGGCUCAUUUUUGUGUACAUUUUGACAUAGGCUGUAUAUUGCCAACAAGUAGGAAAUGUUCUGUCCGUCGUAAUGUACCUAUGGAAGAAAAAGGUUCAAACAUUAAGUUUUAGUUAAUACUCUGAUGUUUGUGGCACCAUAUAUAGCUCACAUGUUGCAUUUAUGUUGGUGGCUUCAGAGAAAAUAAAGUGUCUGGAGAGAUA